AUGUUUGGGUGAGUUAAAAAUAACAACUAUUUAUCUUAUGUGUUCUAAAAAUAAUUUUAUUAGUGAGAGAGCGAUUCGGUGCAUCUUUAACUGCCAUUUUUUUCAAAGAUAAAACUUUUCACUUCUUCUAUUCAUGUGAAAUCUGAUUGUGAAGGUGAGUGUUUAAUGGGAGCGGGAAUAUCUUUGUGAAAUUUCAAAAGUUGAGGUAAUUUGCAAAUAGUAAAAUCACAUAGGACUUCGUAAAUAUUAUUCUCAAAAACGUUGGUGAAAAUUCAAUGAACGAGAUUUUUUUUUUCAAAUUCUUAAUUCAUUGUCAGUCUAACUUUUCUUUGAGUUAUCAAAUGUUUUUUGAUCGAUUUUUUAAAUCUCAAAUCUGGAGGGUUUCACCACACCAAAAGUUCCAUAGCCUUUUUUCUCAUUUUACGAUCCAUGCUGAAUAUUUUUUUCCAUUUUUUUGCAAUAUAGUAUUUCCGUUGUCAAUAAGAAUAAAAAUAAGUUUUAUGACUGUAUAUAUGCUCAUGCUUUACAAAAUAAAUAAAUAUAUACACAACACAUUUUUGAAUCCUUUCAAAGUCAAGUCAAUUAUUUCGAUCCCUCAUUCAAAAAUUGAAUUCAAACUUUGUCUUUUCGCGUCAUAAUUACAUAUUUAUCAAUCUAAAUUUAACAUGAAAAAAAUGGUCACCGAAAAUAGAAAAAAAAAACAUUUCUAUUUUUAGGCUUCUCUCACAAAAAACUACGUUGACCCGAUGUAUUAUAAUACCUCUUAUCAAUUUCUGAUAAACUAAAAGUUUAAAAAUAGAUUCAUGUUUUUUUUUGCUUGAAAUUCCCAAUACCGUACUCUUUUUCUCACAUAAAAUGAUGACAAGAAAUAAAAAGAAGAUUCGAGAAUUUCAUUAUUUAUUGAUACUUUUUUUUAUUUUUCACAUUUUGAUGUAAACAUUGACCUUGAACAAUUUCUGGUUGUUGAUGAACGUUGGAAGUUCGAAAAAUCGCGGAAAAAAAUCGAGAGAGAAAUGGAAAAAAACGGAAAGAAUUGAUGAUAGGUUAGGUUACUGUAGUUUUACAUCAAACUUCAACCAAAAACAAAUGUUGAAUACACUUUGUUCAAAAAAGUUAUCGUUUCUGAAACUUUAGAAAUUAAUUUUUAAUCUGAAAACUCAAAUCCCCUAAGAUCUGAGAACCUCACCCAAAAAGUAUAUUUCUAGGUUCAAAAAUACCAUAAAUUGUUCUAUUUUUGGAAAUAGCUGAUAACAAAAAAUGAUAUCAGAGUUCAAAAAUGCAUGCGAAAAAACUCCGAUCAAGUUGAACUCUCGAGAGCAAUUUUAUUGGUUUUUUUUCGAAAAAAAUUUGUUUUGAGACAAUGGACAAUUCUAGAAGUCCUGAGAAAUCUGACUCCAAAAAAUAUGUAGCAACAAUAUUUUAUGAAUUCUAAUUUGAAGCGAUCUCAUCAGAGAAAAUCGGAGAGCUCUGGGCCUGGUUUUAUACAAGGAUAAAUUAGAAAUUAUUGAUGAAAUAUUUUCUCCUACCAAAAAAUUUGAUCACAAAUUUGUCUUCAGAAUAUUUUUCUUGGAAAUUUUUAUGAAUCCAACCCUGAAUUUUAAAAAUUAAAACCGGACAUGUUAUUGAAGAGUCCUGAAAAUCGAACUCUCCAAAUAAUUUUUCCGUGUAUUUCACAUGUUCUCCUAUUUUUGUCCAUUGUUUUUUCCUCCGGGAAGAUAACAACUUUUAAUCCUUACUAUUUUUGGAGAAAAAAUCCCCAAUUUUAUCAGUUCGUUCAAAAAUUUUGCAAUUUGAAAUCCCUCGUGAAACAUUGUUAUCAAAUGUAAUCUAAACCAUUUCGAUUUCGGUCAAAAAUGAAAUGAUAGGCGAUUCAAAAAUUUCCAGUAAAAUAACAUUGUAAAUUAAGAGAGUCGAGAGAUUUUGAUUGAUAGAAGCCCAAAGUCGAGAUGGUCGACAGUCGAACUUUCGACGUAGUAUAAGAAGUCUGACGAUUCACGUGCCACUUAUUCAAGGACACUCUUUUCUCGUGUUGCAAAAAAUAUGUGUGAUAUCUUCAAUUUCAUUUUGUACAAAUAUAUUCUAUUUUGAAAUUUCGAGAAAAAAAGCAAUUCAAACAAUUUAUGUAUUCGAUGUUUUUGUCAGUGACAAGUAUAAGAAAACGAAAAUCUUUUUGGUCAAUAUUUUGAAUUUCACAAGGUCAUUGAUCGCUUCUUCAUUGUCUUUGAAAAAAAAAUAGUGAUAAAAACUUAUUCAAGGUUAGAGCGAGUAUUUUUAGAAAAAGUCGUAAAUCAUGGAAAUCUCCAGAAUCUCGUUUCACAUGUUUAUUUUUAGAAAACCAAACUAAAUAAAUAACAAUGAAAACGUUUUCAGGUUCAAAUGAUGAAAAUGAAUCGAAUUGAAAUGGAAUGAAAAUCGAAAAUGAAUAAAUUAUUUUUCGUGUUCAUACAAAUUUCAGAAAAAUUUCAGGAACAUCAAAACUUGGAAAUGCUUCUUAAAAGUUGAUAAAGGUAAGUCGUGGUGAAAUUUUCAAAAAAGCCAAGCCUAACUUCAGCUGGAACCCUAUCUCUAAUCAAGAGUGUAGCCAGAAAUAACAAGUAUUGACCACGGAAAAUGAGAAGUCCGUGCAUUUCUCCAAAAAAUUUCUGAAAAUAAUUUUUUAAAAAACUAACGUGUACUUAUGACGUGGCAUUUGAGGUUUUCAUUUCAAAUUAAAUUCGAGAGUUGAUUCCUAGGGUAUCCAAAGAUUUUAAUUAUAAUUUUAUCGAUAAGUACUGUAGGUUUUUGCGCGUAGCGUUGGGUGUUUGCACAUGUAUACAUUCCGUAAUUAUAUUCAUUUGUCAGCGCUACUUACAAAACUAAUUCAUAUGUUCGAUAGAGCGAACAUGCUUUCAUAAUUUCAAAAUAUUCCGGGUAAACUGUUUUUUUCUAUUGAUAUGAGGCUUAGUCCCAUAUUCUUAGGUUUAAAACCUCCCAGAAGCUGAUCAAAAAUGAUUUACCUUUCUCCCGCUGAAAAAUACUUUACAGCUUCAACAGUUCUGUUUUUCUUCCUAUCACAACUUGUUUAUUUUCCAUUCCUACGUCUUUUUAAUAUUAAACACAAUUUUCCAGUCAUUCAUAAAGGUAGGUGUGUGUGUGUGUGUGUGUGUGUGUGUGUUUAUUAUUUUUCCAAACACCAAAAAAUCCAAGUUCAAAUAUUUUUGUUUGUUUUUUUCCACAUAGACAAGUUAUUCCAGUAUUGUUGCAUUUAGUCAAUGAACUUUGUUUCAUCAAUUUUAUUUCAUUUUUUUUCAUCGUUGAACUGAACCUGAUCGAUCAACUUUUGAUUUGAAAUUCAAAUUGUCUGAAAAUUUCUAUUUUUAGAUUUUCAUUCGAACGGCCACAUUCAAUACUUUUGUCGCUUUUGUGUGAAUUGUUAUUUUUGGAAGAAUAAGAAAAAAAAUAAGAUAGGUAGAGAAAAUAUGUGUCAUAGAAAUGAUGUAUGAUACCGGAAACUCAAAAGUUCACCUUUCAACUUCGGAUAUUUUUUGUUUAGUGAGCUAGGACAUUUUCAAAAAUUUUAUCAGAAGAACAAAGAUUCAAAAAAUGACCUUUUCAUUUCAUUUUUUCAAAUUUGCAUAAAAUCAAACAUCUAUGUAUUUUUAGUGGAAAAAUCCGGCGCAAUUUUUAAAAUUCCGAUUUAUUCAAAUAUGUGUUUUUUUUUGCGGAAACGAGAUGUUCGACUGAUUUUUUGGUAUUGAUGUGGGAGAGGAAUUAAGUGAUUUAUGAGUUUGAAAGUACUUUUUAUCAUGUGAUAUAUCGUAAAACUACAAAAACUACGAAAGUUUCAAGUUGCAGGUAAUCAACAUAGAAAAUUAAAAUUGAAUGAAAAUUAUUUCGAUAAAUUUGAUUUCAAACUUAUGGUUUGAGUCUGAAAUCAGGACGUUUUUGAAUUUCACAUUUUACUAUAAAAUCUACGACAAAUAAGAUUUGAAAAGAAAAUAAUUUUUCUCUGAUCAGACUUCAUGUUUCAAAACGUUUUGAUAUACCAAAAUUUCUAGGUGAACUCAGAACCAGUCCAGAAAAUUCUGAUACAAAAACAGGAAAAUCUUUUCCCGAUUCAAAAUUCAGAUCAAUUAAAUAUGCGCCAAUGUUCGAGGUCCUAUUCAGAACAUCCCUGACAAUUCAUGUUUUUUGGUUCGAACUUCAAACCUUUCCUAUAUCACCAAAUUUCAAAUUAAAAUUAUUAUAGGCCUCCGAACCUCUCCAAAAAAGAACUGUAUUCUUUCAGUCGAAAAUCCGCACAUCUACCUCUCCAACAUCAAUAUCCGACCACCAAUCCAUAAUAUUCAAGUUACACAAACAAUAAAUUAUCAAACAUAAUAUUAUUCUUCUCAUCUCUCUCUCUUUUCAUAAUUAUCUCUUUUCCAGAGAUCUCACAAAUACAAAAAUGACGUCUUUGGUCAACGAUUCCAUUUUUUUUGCAAUAUAUACAUAUCCAAACUCUCCGUUUCCCAAAUGUUUUCACCUAUUUUUGCCACGGAUGACCUGUUGGCCUUGACGUUUUUUUUCGCACAUUUUUUCAAUUCCAAUAUUUGCUUUGUAGUUUGUUUCAUGAUGGGGUGGAGGUUACUGUAUUUUGGUAACAGAUCAUAGAUCGAUGUAGUUUAAUCUUUUUGGCGAAUUCGAGGAAUUACAAAGUUGAUCCAACAAAACCAUGUAAACUACAGUUACCUAAAAAAAAUUCCGCGAAAAUCUAAAAUUGUGUUUUCUGAUUUGCUCCACCUUUUUUAUCUCCUCAUAAUUCUUCCCAGAGCUAAAUAGAACUCUUUUCUGUUUCCCACCCUCUAUUUUCUCUAUAAUCUCUCACUUUCACUUGUUAUUUUCUCCCCAUAUUUGACCGUUAUCACCAGUCAGCCAGACUCCGCCCACUAUUUUGUCUACUUUUCUUCUUAUAUAUACUUCAAUUCGGAAUUCCGAGUUUUCAGUUCAGUUCAAUUCAGUUUGGUCGAAAAAAAUGGCGGACGCUGUUUUUCCAACUCAGGCUCAGGCCCAAACCAGAUAUAUUAGUUUGUUUGGAACAAGGACAAGAUUUGUGAUUAUGCUUUUGAUUUUAUUGUGUUUGACAUCAGUUUGGUGAGUGUUUCAGGGAAAUUCGAAAAAAAUUGACGCAGAAAACCUAAUUGUCAAGGAUCAGCGCCUAGAAGGUCUAGCUCCCAAGUAGCCAAGUCUAAAGAAUCUAAUUUUCUAGCACCCACAUGUAGAGAUUCUAUCUGACAAGCACCCGCGCCUCGAAACCCCUGUUUCAAGUAGCCGAGCUUAGAAAAUUAAAUUUUGAAAAUCUAAUUUCAGGUCUAACAUUCUUGCCUUCAAUUUCGCAGUUAUUUGUAUGGAUGAUGAUGAAUCAGAAGCUCUUCCAAUUUCAAAUGCCACAAUCGGCAGAAAAUCGCAUUUCACAAACAGUAAGUUUUUUUCGCCAUAACUUUUGUUUUGUCAACUUUCAUCGACUAAUCCUUCCGAAAAAAAAACUAUUUAAAAUUCUAAUUUUCAACAUCAUUGAAUAAUAUUGAAUAAAUCGGGAAAUAGAACCUGUUUUCAAAUCAUCAAUCAAAAAUGUUAUUGAUAAUAAUAAGAAGAUUUUAGAGAUGACGAAAUUGAAAGUUGGUCAAAAAUAAAUCAAAAUUCAUUUUUUUUUCUUCCAGCUCAAAAUUCAUUGGCCAUGUCAAUUGUUGCGAUUGCGGCUCUUCUUGGUAAUUUCCCAGUUGUUCAAUUAGUUGGAAUGGUUGGAAUUCGAACAGUUUUUGCAAGUUUCGGAAUUCUAUCAGCUAUCGCAACGCUUUUGGUUCCAUUGGCAAUUCGAAUGGGAUUCGGAUAUUUCUUAGCUGUCCGCUUCCUUCAAGGUCUCGCAUUCUCCGCAAAUUUCCCAGUUAUCGGAGCAUUCUGUGCUAAAUGGUCAUAUUUCAAGCAAAAUGGAUUAUUCGUCUCAUCUCUUGUCGCCUAUGUUCAACUUGCUCCAGCAAUUACAAUGCCAGCUUCAGGUGCACUUUGUGAUGCUUUCCGUUGGCCAUCAAUUUUCUAUGCUCAUGGAGCUGUUUCACUUCUCUUAUUUGUAACUUAUGCUCUUUUCUACCGUAAUUCUCCACAAAAACAUCCAUUUGUUGGAAACGUUGAACUCAAGAAAAUCUCAAUUGGAAAGAUUUCGGCUGUCGAGUAAGUUUUGCCAGUUUGUUUUCCAUGAAUUCAAUGAUUUCUUUACAGUAAGCGCGCACUCAAAAAGAUUCCAUACGGACCAAUUUUGAGAACUCCAGCAAUUUGGGCUGUCUGGAUUGCUGCUAUCGGAAACUUCACAUGUGUCAAUAUGAUGUUCUUGUUCAGUCCAGUUUAUCUCUCAAAAGUUCUCGGAUUCCCAGUUCAUAGUACCGGAAUCACAGCUGCCAUUCCACCAUUCCUUCAAUUCGCCUCAAAACUCAUUUGUGGAGCCAUUUCGGAUCGUAUCAAAUUCAUUCCAGAAGUGUGGAAAUUCCGAUUCUUCAAUUCAUUUGCUUUUAUUGGAGCUGGAGCAUUUUUGACAGUGCUUGCGUUUAUGGGAGAUUCGCACAAGGAUUAUAAUAUGAUUGUUUUGGGAGCAUCAGCUGCAAUGCUUGGAGCAACAACUGGUGGAUUCUUCAAAGCUGGUCCAGUUUUAUCCAAACAAUACAGUCAUUUUGUAACUGGUAAUAUCUCACUUGGAAUCACAAUCACUAUGCUUAUUGUUCCAUUCUUUGUCAAUGCUUUGACACCACACAAUACUCAAGAAGAAUGGAAAUGGGUAUUCAUUAUCACAGCUGCAGUUAUGUUUAUCACAAAUUUUGUUUUCUUCAUUUUUGUUCGUGGUGAACCAUGUGAAUGGACAGCUGAUAACUUCCACAGAGCUUGUUCAGUAGCUGAUAUGGAAUCGCAUGCUAAUUCAGUCAAAAGUCGCCCAAAUACAAUUAGCACAAUUAGUGCUGAAGUAUUGUAA